AUGGAGCGCGUGGUCGUGAGCAUGCAGGACCCGGACCAGGGCGUGAAGAUGCGGAGCCAGCGCCUGCUCAUCACCGUCAUCCCCCACGCCGUGGCUGGCAGGGACGUCGCCGAGUGGCUGGUCCGGAAGUUCUGUGUCUCUGAGGAGGGUGAGGGCCAGCGGGGAGUCGCAGGGGAGACCCCGUACUUCUGGACGAGCACCCUGUGGCCGGCUGCAGAGCUGGACUACGCCAUCUACCUGGCCAAGAAGAACAUCCAGAAACAGGGAGCCUUAGCUGACUAUGAGAAGGUGCAGUAUGACCAGCUGCACAAGAAGCUCAACCACACGUGGGACCUGGUGCUGAUGCAGGCUCGAGAGCAGCUGCGGGCAGCUAAGCGGCGCAGGAAGGGGGACAGGCUGGUCAUCGCCUGCCAGGAGCAGACGUACUGGCUGGUGAACAGACCCCCGCCCGGGGCCCGCCAUGUUCUGGAGCAGGGUCCGGAAAGGGGCGCCCGCCCGGCCAGCCACCUGCAGACGAGCUCGGACUUCUACAAGCGGGAGAUUGACUACACCAGGAAAGCGCUUGGCAGGACCCGGGUGAAGUCCUCUAUCUGUCUUGAGGCGUACCUUAAGUUCAGCAGCCAGCGCAGUUCACACGACCCGAUCAUGGCAGGGUGCCUGCCCAGCAACCCCUGGAUCACAGAUAGUGUGGACUACUGGACCCUGAAUGCUCCGACUGUGGCCACACCUACUAAGCUGCGUGUGGAGCGCUGGGGCUUCAGCUUCUGGGAGCUCCUGGGGGACCCUGUGGGCAGGGCUCACUUCAUGGACUUUCUCCAGAAGGAGUUCAGUGCAGAGAACCUCAGCUUCUGGGAGGCGUGCGAGGAGCUGCGCUUCGGCGGCCAGGCCCAGGUCCCUGGCCUGGUGGACUCGGUGUACCAGCAGUUUCUGGCCCCUGGAGCUGCCCGCUGGGUCAACAUUGACAGCCGGACGAUGGAGCAGACGCUGGAGGGGCUGUCCCAGCCCCACCGCUAUGUCCUGGACGACGCGCAGCUGCACAUCUACAUGCUCAUGAAGAAGGACUCCUACCCGCGAUUCCUGAAGUCUGACAUGUACAAGAGCCUUCUGGUAGACGCGGUGACCCCACCAGAGACCAGGCGAAGGGUGUUCCCGUUCAUGCGGAAGCCCCGGCACUCCAGCCCCAGCCCGGCGCUCCUUCCUGGCUCAGGGGAGUCCGCAGCAGCCUCAGGCGGUGAUGAGGCCUAG